GUGCAACUUCAAAUAUAUUGCUUUCUCCUAUCUAUUUUUAUUAAACACGAGGUGAUCAACGUGACUUGGAUUUAUGUCGCCUAUCGGCGUGCAGUUACUAAUUGAAGAUCACCAUGUGGUGAUUGAUAAUGGCAUAGUCCAAGUAACAAUAUCGAAUCCUGAGGGUAUUGUCACUGGCAUACGAUACAAUGGACUUGAUAAUGUGCUUGAGAUUCUUAACAAUGAAAGCGAUCGAGGGUAUUGGGACGUCGUGUGGAGUGCUUUAGAUGGCUCGGGCAAAACCGGAUUAUUUGAAGUGAUUAAAGCGACAAGUUUCAAGGUUAUUGCUGAAAGUGAGCAACUAGUUGAGAUAUCUUUUUCUAGGCCAUGGGAUCCUUCCUUAAAAGGAAAGUUGGUUCCUUUAAACAUAGACAAAAGAUUCAUUUUGGUUCGUGGUUGCUCCGGUUUCUACACUUAUGCCAUCUAUGAACACUUGGGUUCACAAGAAUGGCAAGCUUUCAGUCUUGCUGAAACACGGGUUGCAUUCAAGCUCAGAAAAGACAAGUUUCAUUACAUGGCGGUGUCUGAUGAUCGAAGAAGAUACAUGCCAUUGCCAGAUGAUAGAUCACCGGGAAGAGGCCAACCCCUUGCAUAUCCUGAAGCCGUUUUACUAGUUGAUCCGGUAGAACCUGAGUUCAAAGGAGAGGUGGAUGAUAAAUACCAAUAUACUUGCGAGAACAGAAAUCUUAUGGUACAUGGUUGGAUAUCGAAUGACCCUCCGAUAGGUUUUUGGCAAAUUACACCGAGUGAUGAGUUUCGAACAGGUGGACCCCUCAAACAGAACCUAUGUUCUCAUGUGGGGCCCACUUGUUUAGCCGUUUUCGUUGGAGCUCAUUAUGCUGGGGAUGAUUUGGUCCCGAAGUUUGGUCAAGGAGAGGCAUGGAAGAAAGUAUUCGGACCGGUUUUUAUUUAUUUGAACUCGGUCAUGGAUGGAGAAGACCCACUUACUCUUUGGGAUGAUGCAAAAACACAAAUGAUGAUCGAGGUGAAGAGUUGGCCUUAUAGUUUUCCGGCAUCCGAGGAUUUCCCAAAAUCAAAUCAACGAGGCAACAUUUGUGGGAAGUUACUAGUUCGCGAUAGAUUCGUUCAAGACAAUGACAUGCCAACAAACGGUGCAUAUGUCGGGCUAGCUCAACCGGGUGAAGUUGGAUCAUGGCAAAGAGAAUGCAAGGAUUAUCAAUUUUGGACAAAAACGGAUGAGAAUGGAGUUUUUUCUAUAACCAAUAUCAGAACUGGAAACUAUAAUAUAUACGCUUGGGUCCCUGGAUUUAUAGGCGAUUACCGAAACGACGAUGCUAUCACAAUCACUGCAGGUUGUGACAUCAAUGUGGGUACUCUUGUUUACGAGCCUCCACGGAGUGGUCCUACAUUGUGGGACAUAGGGAUCCCAGAUCGAUCUGCUGCUGAAUUCUUUGUCCCAGAUCCUAACCCGCAAUACGUCAACAAGCUGUUUCUAGAUCAACCACAAAACAAUUUUAGGCAAUAUGGGUUAUGGGAACAGUAUGGAGAGCUAUACCCUGAUGGGGACUUGAUUUUUACAAUUGGAGAUAGUGACUAUAGCAAAGAUUGGUUUUAUGCUCAAGUUCCAAGGAGAAGAAAAGACAAGUCAUAUGAAGGAACGACAUGGCAGAUCAAGUUCAAGCUAGAAAACAUCCAACAAACGGCUACUUACACCCUAAGAAUAGCAUUGGCUGGUGCAUCUUUAGCAGAACUACAGGUUCGGGUAAAUGAUCGAAACAAAGUGCGUCCUUUGUUCACAACAGGGCUAAUAGGACGAGAUAAUGCAAUCCCAAGACACGGGAUUCACGGGCUAUAUUGGCUGUAUACAGUAGAAGUUCUGGGUUCUUUACUGGUUAAAGAAGAAAAGGGAGAUAUCAUUUUUUACUUCACACAACCACGCUCCCAAUCUCCAUUCCAAGCUAUCAUGUACGAUUAUAUUCGUUUAGAAGGACCUAAAUCUGACGUUCCGAAUUAAGAAGGCUCAAUGAUAUUGCUAUCGAAUAUACUCGUAUACUUACGGAAAAUAUAAAUAAAUUUCUUGUUUGUUUUUUAGAUUGUCGCUUAUGAAAAGAAGAAAUAUUUUAUAGACUAGUGCAAC